AGUGUAAACCGUGUGACGAUGGAUUUAGUGCUAAUAAUUUUCGUUGCGACAAUUACCAGAGGGCAUUCGGCGAGAAUCUUGGGAUUCAUUUCGGUUCCCUCCCACAGCCACCAGGUGGUGUUUCAGCCCCUGUGGCGGGAGCUCUCCCUACGCGGCCACCAGGUGACAACGUUGACGACCGAUCCAAUAAACGAUCCAGAAUUAGUGAACUUAACCGAGAUCGAUUUGAGCUUCUCGUACCAUGCUUGGAGGGAGAUGCUGGGGGUGUUUAAGUGCACGAACUCGGAAUUGUUAAAGCUGCAUUACUUAAUAAUGUCGUCGAUAGAAAUUACGAAAGCGCAACUGGAGCAUCCCCAAGUGCGAGAUCUAAUACGUAACGAUAGUAAUAGGUUUGACUUGCUUAUAGUGGAGUAUAUUGUACCUAGCGCGAUCGCUUUGAGUAGGCGAUUUGAUUGCCCCUACAUUGGGGUAGUCUCGAUGCCGCUAUCAGAACCGUAUUUCCCAUUAAUUGGCAGUCCGACGCAUCCGGUGUUGUAUCCCAGCGAUCUGUUGUGGAUAAAAGACUGCGUGACGUUCUUCGACCGUCUCAAAAGCGCCGUGUUUUCCGUUCUUUACCAAAUGUACGUGUCCUAUUUCUUUGAACUUCAGGAAAAUCUCGUGAAGCUACUCGGGGAAAAUUACCCACCAAUACGUGACGUCAUGAGUAACGCCAGCCUGCUGUUUAUUAAUUCCGACCCAAUCUUCCAGAAGGUGAGACCGCUUGGACCGAACCUAAUCCAAAUCGGAGGAGGAUUGCAUCGCUUAAACCAGCAGCCACUUCCAAAGAGGCUGCAAGAGCUGCUCGACGCCGCCUCCGAGGGCGCCAUCUACUUUAGCUUGGGAUCAAACGUGAAAAGCGACGAUCUCUCGGAGACCACCCGAAAUGCGAUCCUCGCGGCGUUCGCCGAACUUCCCUACACGAUCCUGUGGAAAUUUGACUCGGACCACCUGCCGAAUAAACCCGACAAUGUUCACGUUCAAAAAUGGUUUCCGCAGCUGUCGGUUUUGAGCCAUGCCAACGUGAAACUCUUCAUAACCCAAGGAGGUGUACAGUCUAGUGAGGAGGCGAUCCACUCCCACGUCCCGAUGGUCGGCAUGCCGUUCUUCGGCGAUCAGUUUUACAACGUGAAGAAUAUGGUGGAGAUGGGAUUCGGGCUGUCGGUCCAUCACUCGAAAUUGCAAACGGAAGAAUUUAAAGCCGUUAUCGUUGAGGUCGCGGAGAACCCUAGCUACAGAGAGAAGGUUAAAGAGCUGGCAGAGCUGGCGAGAGAUCAACCCAUGACGGGCUUGGAACGGGCGGUCUGGUGGACGGAAUACGUCAUACGCCAUAGGGGUGCCAAACAUCUCAAAAGUCCACUGCUGGACAUCCCUUUCUAUCAGUAUUAUCUCCUGGAUGUCAUUGCAACUCUUGUGAUACUUCUGUUGCUGUCUUUGUCUCUAGCAUACGGCUCGAUUAUACUCCUAUGCAAACUUUGGCAUGUAGCGUUUAACUUCAAAAUCAAAAAAGAAUGAUAUGCACAAUUAAAACC